AUGGUUCUUGAAAUCAGGAGUCCAGAAAAUUUGACAACAACUGAUGGUAUACUUCAUGGCAUAUUCGGUGUCUAUAGAACGUGGUUGAAUAUUCGCGUGGUGAGUGCCAGCGAGUUGUAUUGGGUCUUUGAUGGCAGACCAGUUCCAGCCGAUUUCAUUCCAAUGGACAACGACGACAUCAACAACUUCGACGAUGACAUCAACAACUUCGACGAUGACAUCAACAGCUACGGCGAUGACAUCACAGCUGCCAACAGUAGCCUCAACAUCAGCAUCCUUUUCCUCAUCUUCAUCUUCAUCAACUCAGGGUGUGAUUACUGCCCUCUGAUCUUCACAAUAAAGGAACUUCCACUUAAAAUAGACCUCAACAAAAAUGGAACUGUACUACUGUACUUAACAAGUGCAACAACAGAACUUACCUCAUCAUCUUCAUCUUCUUCAUCAUUCUCAUCUUCUUCAUCAUCCUCACCGUCAUCUUCUUCCCUCUCAUCUGAAAAUGAAUUUUGCAGCAACGGAUAUUGCUUCAGUUAUGAGGAAGGCCGAAUUGGUGACCUUUCGUCUGGUCAAGCCUACUGCCGAUCAAAAGGUAGAUCAAUUCUUGAGAUCCGCACACCUGAACUUCAAAAAUCAUUCUUCCAAAUCACACAAAACUUAAAGUUCCCUUAUCCGUUUGGGUUUUACUGGCUGAAUAUUUACAGAAUAAAUGACAAAUUGUAUUGGGCAUCUGACGGUUCCGAAGUAAAGACUACAUACUUCUCAGAAGCCAACAACGUGACAUUGAAUGCUGGCACGUUGGCUGCCGAUAUUUAUUGCACUAGUUCUGAUAAGAAAUGCACCUGGAGGGAGAGGUUUUCUAGGGCCUUCUGCAAUUACUUCAUUUGUUAUAAUAGAACCACUAUUUCUCGAACGUCAACUCCUACGUCCCACUUUCACGGGGAAUACUGCACAAACGGGUACUGCUUCAGCUACGAGAAAGGUCGGAACGGCGAUUUAAAAUCCGGACAGGCCUUCUGCAACUCCCACAACAAAUCCCUUCUGGAAAUAAGAUCCAAAAUCAUUCAGGAAGACUUCCACGACAUCCUACAAAUCCUUAUCCCGGGAUUUACAUACGGACUUUUUGGUCUAAACGCAUACAGAGUGAAUGAUAAACUCUUCUGGGCGUCAGAUAACUCACCAGUAACGAAGUACUACUUCCAAGAUGAAAUACUGGCAGUUGCACUUGGAUUCAAUGCGGGAUCAGACGUUGAUUGUACGUGCGUGCGCGCUUCCUGCUAUCAAAACAUCCAAACUUGGAUCUCGUUUUCAAGCUGUCAGGCGAGUUGUUCGUCAGUGAACAUGACGGUUCUUGAGGUCAGGAGCCCGGAAAAUAUGACGACAAUCAACGAAAUAGUUCACAAAACUUUCGGCAACACGUACAAACACAGCAGCAACUACAGAAGCAUCUUCGUCUGUUGCAUCAGCAUCGCUGUCAAUCACAUCAACAACAAUGUCAAUCACAUCAACGUCAUCAACAAUCCACAACUUCAGCAUCAAAUGUGGUCAUCAUAUGGUUUUCAACGCUUUGAACCAUGCGGUUUUCUAGAAUGUGCUCUGUUUUCAUAUCUUAGUAAUGCCAGGCCAGGAAAGCGACAUCAAGAAAUAAUUUUCUAA